AUGCCAUUAAUAAUAAUUUCUCAUCCUUCUACAUUUGUUUCUUAUACAUUAGCCCAUUGUAUUCUACAAACAUAUUUGGUUCGAGUACCUCUGCUUAAACUUGUGGUGGUCGAACAUCAACAGGUUAAUGGUGGUGGAGGGUUAUUUAAUAAAUCCAAUCAUGAUAUAAGUCCCUGGUGUGGUGUAAGUAUGGUAAAUAAUCCCCAUUUUGUUAAUAAAGAUAUUUUGAAUUUUGAAUUUAUUAUAGAUUUGUUAAAAAAUUCAGGAUCAAUAUAUUUGAGUCGUGUAAUUCCAAUCAUUCCUACACAUCAGGGGUACAAUAUGGAUAAACCAAUAACCAAUGUAUUGGAGGUGUCUAUUGAAAAUCCUCUGAAUUCUAGUGUUGGAUUGAUAUACCACCCUAUACUCUUGAUGAAUAAUUUAAGAUUUAAAUUAUUUAAUUCAGGUUUAGUUUCAUUUGUAUCAUUAAGUCCAAGUUCCAAGUUAAAUAUUUUGAUACUGCAAAUAUCUAAACAAUAUAUUAAUCAGGAAUUUGUGGUACUUGAUUUUAAAAGUAAUGAUAAUGCUAGAUAUGAUUCAUUUUUAAUCAAUUCUAAUCUAUCAAAAUUACAUACUACUACUACUAAUAUUAAUAUUGUAUAUAAUUUUAAAAUUCCAUCAGAUAUAUUAUGGAUCCCUAGAUUUAAGGCCAUGACAAACAUCCCCUUUACUAACCCUUUAUAUUCUUAUCAAAUCCAUCACGGACAAGAUCAAACCAAGGUGGUACAAAUCAUCAAUCAAACAUACCAUAAAAUUAGAGAUGAAAUUAUUAUUCAUUACGAUUUAUUCCAAAGUCUUGGAAUUUGUGACAAUUUAAUACAAAUUUUAAAUCAAAUUCUAUUAAUAAACCGUCGGUUUAAACUGAAUCUAUAG